AUAUUUCAUCUUUUGACAUGAUCAAAUUACCAAGUCAUGGUAACUUCUGCAACAUCUAAGCUCUUAGUGUCUGAUUUCGACUCCUCCGUUAGUCACAUCCCUUCAAACUAUGUUCGACCAAUCUUCGACCGUCCAAACUUGUCUGAGGUCGAGAGUUCCGGUGAUUCCAUCCCUCUGAUCGAUCUCCGGGAGCUCCAUGGACCUAAUCGAACCGAAAUUGUCCAGCAACUUGCUAUUGCUUGUUCCACUUAUGGUUUCUUUCAGAUCAAGAAUCAUGGAGUACCGGAUACAACCAUAGAUAAAAUGCUAACCGUCGCAAGAGAGUUCUUCCAUCAACCCGAGAGCGAAAGAGUCAAACACUACUCGGCAGAUCCAACAAAGACGACGAGAGUCUCCACCAGUUUCAACAUCGGCGCAGACAAAAUCUUGAAUUGGAGAGACUUCCUUAGACUCCAUUGCUUUCCCAUUGAAGAUUUCAUCGAAGAAUGGCCUUCUAGUCCCAGCUCUUUUAAAGAAGCAACAGCUGAAUACGCGACAAGCGUAAGAGCUUUGGUGUUGAGACUUCUUGAAGCCAUCUCAGAGAGCUUAGGCCUUGAAAGAGACCAUAUAAGCAAUAUAUUAGGCAAACACGCUCAACACAUGGCCUUUAAUUACUAUCCACCAUGUCCCGAGCCCGAGCUAACUUACGGACUUCCCGGACAUAAAGACCCAACCGUUAUCACUGUCCUUCUUCAAGACCAAGUCUCUGGUUUGCAAGUCUUUAAGGAUGAUAAGUGGGUCGCUGUUAAUCCAAUCCCCAACACUUUCAUUGUCAACAUCGGCGACCAAAUGCAGGUCAUAAGCAAUGAUAAAUAUAAGAGUGUGCUCCACAGAGCCGUAGUAAACACCGAGAAUGAGCGAUUAUCGAUUCCCACAUUCUAUUUCCCUUCGACAGAUGCAGUGAUUGGUCCAGCACACGAGCUGAUCAAUGAACAAGACUCUCUUGCUGUUUACAGAACCUUCCCAUUUGUUGAGUAUUGGGACAAGUUUUGGAACAGAUCACUCGCUACUGCUAGCUGUCUCGACGCCUUCAAAGCUUCAACAACUUAAAGAGAGUCUAUUUUGUAAUCAAUCUUGAAUUGGCUC